AUGAAGUCCUCCAUGAAGUGGGCCGCUGCUGCCCUGGCCGCCGGCGUGCCCCUCUGCGCUGCCCAGACCUACACCGACUGCGACCCCUUGAACAAGACCUGCCCGGCCGAUACUGGUCUCGACCAGUGGUCUUACAGCGUCGAUUUCACCUCCGGAUCCUCUGCGUUCGACCAGUGGACUACAACUGGCGGCACGGUGAACAGCACCUCCCUGGGUGCCAGGUUUGCGAUCACGGAGGAAGGCGAUGCUCCCACCAUCCAGACUGAUUUCUACAUCUUCUUCGGAAGAGUGGAGGCCAAGUUCCGCUGCGCCAAUGGAACCGGUAUCAUCAGCACGAUGGUGCUGGAGUCUGACGAUCUCGACGAGAUUGACUGGGAACAAAUCUCCACCUUUGACACUUACAUUCAGACCAACUAUUACGGCAAAGGCAACACCACGAGCUACGACAGGUACACCAACGUGGACGUGACCGACCCCAACGGAGAGUUCCACACCUAUGCCGUUGACUGGACCUCCGAGCGGAUUGAGUGGAGCCUCGAUGGAACCGUCGUCCGCACCUUGGAAUACGCUGAUGCGGUGGAUGGCACCAACUACCCGCAGACUCCUAUGGUUGUCAAGCUGGGAAUCUGGGCUGGUGGUGACCCCAGCAACAGCGCUGGCACUAUCGAAUGGGCGGGUGGCGAGACUGACUACACUGCCGGUCCUUUCAUCAUGUACCUCGAGUCGGUCAACAUCACCAACUACAGCCCGGCCUGCAGCUACACCUACUCCGACAAGACCGGCGACUACACCAGCAUCACCAGCUCGAACUCCACCUGCAACGCCACCUCGACUUCGACCUCUGAGAAGAGCACUUUGGCUAGUGGCUCCGCUGUUGCCUCCAGCUCUGCCGCUGUCUACACUGGUGGUGCGAGCAGCCUUUCCAUCGGAUCUGCGGUCUCCGUGGUUGGUGCUGGUCUCUUGGCUGCUCUUCUUUAA